AAGCACCAACAUCAGUAUGGAGUUAUGGAGACCACGGACCGAAAUACCGAUUUGUGCGUGUCCGCGAUUUUAUCAUGUCUCGCUCUAUCGGUGGUAUACGUCGCGAGCCUCUACGUAUGGAGUACCCCGUACAAUAGAGAGCAUCCCUCAGUAAUAAAGAAAAGAUUUUUUAGCGUUUUUAUUAUAUCUCUUAUAUCUCCUGCUGCAUUGUACUUCGGAACGAAUGAAAAAGUCUUUCAGAAGGCAACGAUUUGGGAGUUACUGGGUCUACGGUGGCCAGGUUUAUUUCAAGCAACCGCGAUACCGUUAUUGUUAACAAUGAUAUUAUAUCUAGGACCCUUAAGUAUACAAGGUUUCAAUGGUCUUUGGAGAUUAUACACUGGUCUCCCAUUUUUAGAGCCCAUGUAUUGGCUUGGAAGCAUAAGAACAUUGACAUGGUGGAGGAAUCAAGUUGUUGCACCUCUGUCCGAAGAGUGGACAUUCAGAGCAUGCAUGUUGCCAUUGCUUUUGCAAUGUUUUACACCCACUACUGCUAUAUUUGUAUGUUCUUUAUUUUUUGGAGUUGCUCACUUUCAUCAUGUAAUAUAUCUAGUAGGAACAGGCAGAAAACUUAAACAUGCACUUUUUACAUCUUGUUUUCAGUUUAUAUAUACAACAUUGUUUGGAUCCUAUGCAGCUUUUCUUUUUGUUAAAACAGGCCAUAUAGCAGCUCCAUUUAUAGCACAUUCGUUUUGUAAUCACAUGGGAUUUCCUGAUUUAUCAGAGGUUGUAACAUUAAGGGAUCCUUUAAAGAGAGCUGGAUUGUUUUCUUUGUUUGUCAUUGGAUUAGUAGCUUGGUGUUUUCUGUUAACACCAAUGACAAAUCCGACGUUGUUUCAUAAUAAUCUAUUUUGGCAUAAAUAUUUUAUAUGA